AUGACACCACCAUUAGCAGAAACACACGAUACACAGUUCGAAUCCCUAACUAAUGAAGAGUUUCUGCGACGCGUGAAAGAAGGGCAGUCGUUAAUAAUAUACGACAGAAAAGUAUAUAAACUGGACAAUUGGAUAAAAUUUCACCCCGGUGGUGCAUUAGCAAUACACCAUUUAGUAGGCAAAGAUGCGACAGACGAAAUAAAUGCAUUUCAUCCGGCCUAUGUCUACGAAAAUAAAAUACAUAGUUUCUACGUAGGUGAAUAUGCGGACGACUCUGACUUCAUUGUGCCAUCGUCAACAAAUGAGGAACGAAAAAAAAUUUUGAAUGCGUAUCGACGACUCGAGUUAACGAUCAGAGCGAAUAAAUUGUAUGAUUGUAAUUACAUCAAUUACGGAUACGAAUGUAUUCGAUAUUUGUUACUUAUUACAAUCUCGUGGAUUUUGGUUUUACAUGGUACAACGACAUUACAUUACUUGUUAAGUGCAGUUUUUCUCGGCGCUUUUUGGCAUCAACUCGCAUUCACGGCUCAUGAUGCUGGUCACAAUGGGAUCACACAUAUUCUGCUGGUUGAUAAUCUAAUUGGAAUUCUUAUCGCGAGUUAUUGUGGGGGAUUGAGUAUUGGUUGGUGGAAGAAAAAUCAUUAUGUCCAUCAUAUUGUUACUAAUGAUCCCAACCAUGAUCCGGAUAUUCAGCACUUGCCAUUCUUUGCGGUAUCCACAAAAUUUUUCGAGAACCUGCACUCCUCAUUUUAUAAACGAACUUUACAAUUUGACGCAUUCGCACGAUUUUUUAUACCCAUGCAACAUUAUCUUUAUUAUCCGGUGCUUUGUUUCGGUCGAUUCAAUUUAUACUUUCUCUCCAUCAGUUAUCUAUGUUUUGAUGAACGCGUACCAUUUCGCAAAUUGGAAUUGACCGGGAUGUUAUUCUUUUGGACAUGGUUCAUAUACAUGCUAUCGUUUCUUCCCUCGUGGAAAAUAAUCAUAGCAUUCUUUCUGAUCUCACACAUGGUCACUGUGAUACUACACGUGCAAAUCACCUUAUCUCAUUUUGGCAUGUCGACAGAACUCCUCGGACCAGAUGAACCAUUUCCGGAAAAAAUGUUACGUACAAGUAUGGAUGUUGACUGUCCAUGGUGGAUGGACUGGUUUCACGGUGGCUUACAAUUCCAGGCUAUACAUCACCUUUUUCCGCGGAUCCCUCGACAUAAUUUACGUGCUUGCCAACCAUUCGUAAAGAAAUUCUGCGAGGAGACUGGACUUCAAUAUCAUAUUUAUGGGUUUGUAGAGGGGAAUGGGGUUGUGCUUAGUGCAUUGAAAGAUGUCGCGAAUCAGAUCGAGUUACUAUCACGGGUAGCAGCGGCUCAUGGUGAUCGAAAUUUUGUUUCAUGA